AUGCCGGCCGGACGCAGCGGGAGGGUGCAGCAGUGUCUGGUGGUCUUGGCCGUGACCUGGGGUGCCAGCUUCUUCCCCUCGCCAGCCCAGGCUUUGCAGAGGAUCACACUGCGGAGGAUGCCCUCCAUCCGCCAGACCCUCCAGGAGAUGGGGGUAAAGGUGUCCGAUGUCUUCCCCGAGCUGAGGCAGAGCAGACGCAGCGGCACAGAGGGUCCCCGAAACGGGACGGCUCCCACCCUCCUCACCAACUACCUGGAUACCCAAUAUUUCGGCGAGAUCAGCAUCGGGACCCCCGCACAGACCUUCAAGGUGGUUUUUGACACAGGCUCAGCCAACCUGUGGGUGCCGUCCCACAAAUGCUCCCCCCUCUACAGUGCCUGUGUUUCCCACAGCCGCUACGACUCUGUCAAGUCACGGACGUACAUAGCCAACGGCACGGGCUUCUCUAUCCGCUAUGGGACCGGGAACGUCAAAGGCUUCCUCAGCCAGGACAUCGUCAUGGUAUCAGACAUCCCCAUCAUCCAGGUCUUCGCCGAGGCGACGGCGCUGCCUGCCUUCCCCUUCAUCUUUGCCAGGUUUGACGGGGUGCUGGGCAUGGGCUACCCCAGCCAGGCCAUCGACGGCAUCACCCCCGUCUUCGACCGGAUCCUCUCCCAGCAGAUCCUCAAGGAGGACGUGUUUUCCGUCUACUACAGCCGGAACACUCCUCUGAGACCCGGGGGGGAAAUCAUCCUCGGAGGCAGCGACCCAGCCUACUACACCGGAGACUUCCACUACCUGAACGUCAGCAAGAGCGGCUACUGGGGAAUGCGGAGGGGCGUGUCCGUAGGGGCUGAAAUCCUGUUCUGCAAGGAAGGGUGCUCGGUGGCUGUCGACACGGGAGCGUCCUACAUCACCGGCCCGGCUGGCGCUGUCUCUGUGCUGAUGAAAGCCAUCGGGGCAGCCGAAAUGGCUGAAGGAGAGUAUGUGGUGGACUGCGACCGAGUCCCUCAGCUGCCCAACAUCUCCUUCCACCUGGGCGGGAAGGUCUACGGGCUCAGCGGCUCAGCCUACACCCUCCGGCAAUCCCAGUACGGGGAGGACGUCUGCGUGGUGGCUUUCUCAGGGCUGGACAUCCCACCCCCGGCUGGUCCCCUCUGGAUCCUGGGUGCCAGUUUCAUCGGGCACUACUACACCAAAUUCGACCGACGCAACAACCGCAUCGGCUUUGCCACGGCCCGCUGA